AUGGUGUCUCUUGCUGACCUUAGUGGAAAACUUGGCCAAUUUAUUGGCCAAAGUGACGAAGUUACUACAGCAAUUAAUGAUGGUAUUGACGCAAUUAUUGACAGUGAUAAAGACUUCAAAAGCCUUAGAAAGUCUCCGGCUUCGGCUUCGCAGCCUCCCGCUGCCGUGUCUGCUGGGCUUAUAAAUGAUGGUGAGCUUAGCAGUAAAAUUAGGCAUUAUGAGAAAGAAAUUGCGUCUCUUUCCGCUGAGAUAGAACAACUUAAAAAGCAAAAAACGUCUGUCCCCGAUGACCUUAAUAAGUCUCAUGAGUCUCAUCAGUCCAAGUUGGAGUCUCUUCAGAAGCUGAAGAGCCUUAAUGAGUCAUUGAAUUCUGUUAAUAAUCAACAUGAUGAUGUUUGUAAAAUCCUUUUAAAUAACCUCUGCACAGGCCUCGAAAAAUUUCUCGGCUACCAUGAUGGUAAUUACACCGGAGAGGGAAUUGUGUACUCCGACCUUGACAGGCUGUGCGACGGGGUGAUGUCUUUCCUUCAUGGUGUUCUCAGUGAAGUGAAAAACGAUGAGAGCGUUACGAAAUAUGAUAAUAAUCUUCACGAGCCUAAAUUGGAUAAACUUCUUAAGGAACUUUAUGAUUCCAUAGGUCAGGGGUCUGGCGUAUUUGGCCCGCAGGUUACUGCGGUGAGUGGGUGGCUUGGGAGGUAUGAGAGUGAGGUGAACAAGAAAAUAAGGCUUGUUGGAGAUCGUAUUAAAAACCUAAAAACGCAGGUUGAAGAGCAUAAAAGUAAAAUACAAGAAGAAAAGGACGAAGAUGUUUCAGACCAGAUUGAAUAUUGGACUCAGCGUGCUGGGUGGUAUGUUGGCUUCGUUAAUAAUGCCGAAAUAGCGUUAAAUGACAUCGACGGAAAUCUGAAAGACAAAUUGUCGCCUCAUAUUAAUAUGUUGGAACAAGCGACGAAGACGUUUCAAGCGGCGGCAAAAAAUAAGGAUCUACAUAGCAUGUAUGACACGGCUGGGAUCAAGUGGAAUGCUGUAAUCACGUACGUUGUUGAAAGGUUUCAGAAAAGGGGCACAGGACUGCAGAGGUAUUUGAAGUAUACGAUUGGUGAACUGCGCGAUAAACUUAACAAGUUAAAAUCUGCGCAAUUUGCUGAGUUGGUUAAGUCUGUGAACGAUGAACUUGACAGUGCUUAUAGGUUGGUGAAAGACGGGAUUAAGAGUCUAAUAGAUAAGUAUGAUGAACAGGUUGUGAAGGUUCUCGGACCUGUUGUUUUAACCGCUAAGGACCUUACUGAGAAUUUCCCGAAGACUCAAAGUGCGAUCACACUGGCUAUCGGAAAAGUCGACACUGAGAUGGAUUAUUUCAAGAAACUUAAGAAUGUUGCACAGAUUAAAGAACUUAUCGGAACGGUUCCCCUUCUCACAGGGAUAGGUAAAAGUGGAGAUCCUUUUAAUGCCGUGAAAGAACAUUUUCGGAAUCUUGAUUCCAAAGUGAUGCAGCCUUUAAGGACGGUGAUAGCGAGGAUAGGUGCCUCUUUAGGCCGAGGCGCUACAGCCCCUCGAACUAGCGAAUUGAACACUGCACUUAGUCCUGUAAAAUCUCAACUUGAAGAAGUUCAAAAGGUUGUACUUGGGCAACUUAACGAGCUGAACGGUCUUCAAGAAAAGCUGCAAAAAAUUCUAGGCACAGAAUUCACUGUCAGUAGUAUUGAUGCAAGCUCCUAUAAGGACGUCGUCGAUGCUGUCGUAAACAAGCUUAAUAAAAACACCGAUAGCAUCACGAGAAACGAAGUGAUUAGCCUUCUCAACACUCUCGCUGCAAUCGCCGAAUCCGUAUCGUAUCAUUCCAAAACGGUUGUAGAGGAGGUUAUGCAGGGGGUUGAGAAGCAAAUUAAAAAAGAGGUGGAGACUGUCGCCGGGGCCAUUGAGGGAAAACUCGGGAAGAUUAUCAGAGCUAUCAACAAUGGCAGCGACGUGGAUGUUGACUACCACACAGAUCCUGGCACUAAAGCUGUCAGCCUCGAAAGACUCGUCAACAAAUUCAAGACGCAGAUUAAUCAGGCGCUUCAAGGCCUUCACACCCACGUUGGUCAGAAGAGCGAUGAUAUCGAAAAUGACAAAUUAAGCAUUUAUGCAGCACUUAACGAUCUUAAGAAGAAUGUUGAUGCGCUCGGCCAUAAGGUUACAGACGUGAAGGAGAAGGUUGGUGAUUUGUGGAAUGGGCUUGAUGGGUGCAUUAACUACGCCAACGAUAUGCUCAUUAAAACUCCUACGAUGAUUGCAUCAGUCAUGGAAGCAUUACGUAAGGAAGUUAAUCAAAACAUAACUGACGCCUUCACUGACCUCCAAUCCAAAGCCAAGUCCCUCUACACCGCCCGCAAAACACAGGAAGUCGAAGCCCUGCAGAAGAUCGUUGGGAAGCAGUUGCAGAAAAUAACGGAGGCUAUUAAUAAGGACAGAAUGCAAGGAUCAAAAAAAUUUUUAGAUGCUUUAAAAAAGCAAUUUGUUGAUCGGCUGAAAGAUUAUUUUCCAUCAUCUGGCCAGGGACCAGCGCCGCAAAAAUCCUUUACAGAAGUCGCCAAAAAUCUUCAUCAUUACUUCAACCAUUGGAUGUUAGAUGUGUACGAGCAGGAAGACUUCAAGAAAAUGGAUUAUAAAAUUGAGCCUUCCCGGAAGGCCCUGCACACUCUUCUAACUGGGCUUCAUGGAUCAGGACAGUUUGAUCACGCCUUUAGUAAACACUUGGACGCACUUGACAAUGCGGUCACAAAAUUAAGGCCUAAGACGUUCACCGGUUGGUACAGCAUACUGCUCGAUGCAAUGAAAAAUGGCCUAACGGCGUUAGCUGGGGAACUUGAAAAUGCGUACGUGUCCUCAUAUUCUCAGCAGACCAUUGAGUGGACGAAUUCAUGGAAGGAAAAGAAGUUGACGGACAACGCUAAGCGCUGCGGCAAGGUUUUUCUCACUUGCGUCUCCACACUGUUCGCCGAUUUCGAUUGUCUGAGAAAGCACUGCGACAAAGGAAAGAAGUGGAACACUACGCAAAUUAAUACGCAUAAUGGUAAUCCGCUCGGCGAUUUCUUUAGCAAGUGCGGUUACAAAGUGUCAGCUGAAAAGGAUUCCCAUGAGGGGCAUUUGAAAAAUAAGACAGAUUGCAAGGGCCAGAAGAUUCAUGAGCUUCUCGAGAAAGAUGACCAUUAUCUCGUUAAAAGAUACGACGAAUACCCAGAAGUUGACGAUAACAACAAAAGUAUUCUCAAGAAGCUGUACGACUACCUAAACCACUAUAAUGAAGUUUGCCAUCAUUCCACUUUCUCUGCACGUAAACAUCCAUGUUCCGUGUAUGAAAUGUCCGUAUGGUUGACUGGCCUCCCACACAAUCGUGCUUACGAUAAACUCAAUGAUCACGUGAAAUCCUUAUUCCAGGUAGACGACAAGAAGGAUCCAUCAAAGAAAAUUACCCAAUCCAUAGACGCGCAUCCGUCCGAAUUUUCGGUUCUAAAUAUAUACGACGCAAUUAGACACAUCACGUCCAACUCACGUAACCUGCUCACCACCAUCCUUGGCCACGGCGACGAAUUCACCCUGUACGCCUCCGACUUUUCCAACAACACCUUAACGUUGCAGUAUCCCUCUGAUCCAUCACAGUGCUUGGAAAUGCUAGUCAACGUCCUUCGUAGAUUACAUCCCGUCCUUACGUUCCUGCAUGGUCAGUGUCGUCUCGCAGCUCAGCAUUACGGGUGGGCCAGCUGCCAAUAUGGCAAGAAUAUCCCUACGACCAAGUGGCCAUGUAACGUUCACUCAGCAGACAAAUCAAAGUGCCAACCUAAGUGCGAACCAAAUUGCCAGGCAAAUGACCAACCAAACUGCCAAGCAACGUCUCCACUUCAGUGCUACUUAACCGAUUCUCUAGUCGGCCACCUGCCUCACGAUGUAACCUCUGUUGGUUGCAAAUCGUCGUGCAGCACGUGCCCCAAAUCCACGCCCGGAAUGCCGUGUAUAACUCCAAUGGGCUUUAGAGGUUUCUCUAGUAGUACGCGUACAGGUAAAGAGCUAGGAGACGUGCUGAGCAACUUCCUAAGUAACGACCAUGUUACAUGCCUCUUCACCCUGCUACCCAAACCUCCAAGCACGUUGCCUGAACACAUGGGUUUUGUUUUCUCAUUAAUUACCAGUCUUACGCCUAGUAAUACACGAACAAGGCGUAUUAAAAAUAGGUUCCAAGUUGAGUUCGAAAAUUCUAUCACCAAUGCAUCUAUUGAACAAUAUUCUGACCCCUCUACGCUCACCGAUGCACUCACCGCAGCAUACGGGUCAUCCUCCGUUGAUCAUUCUGAAUGCGUUAACUCUCACCUUACGAGUCUUACAACAACAGACACCUGCAAAGGUAAAAACAAUAGAAUGGAGUGCGCGCCAUACCUAUCUAGCAUAUAUUCUGUCAAGACUGGGGAUGCCGCGGAUGUCUUAUUGGCGACAAAUGCGGACGUGGACAGCACGGCUACAUGGAUGGUUCCUGCCAAUGCUCUUCCAUCGUCAAUUGUAGAGGUGUAA